UCUCCCUGGACGACGGAGCCGGGUUUUCGCCCCGAAGCCUUCCGCAGCAACGCGUUUCCCUUUUCGACUUUAUGUUCUCAUUGGAGAAAAGCACCAGCAAGAAAGUUUUCGACAUUCGGCUGGAGCAGCCGCGGUUACUAUCAGACCCGGGAAAUCCAAAUCCCACCCAACACGGGGAUCCUGCAACUUCCUUCGACGGACAGACGUCAAAUGAUACCGUUAUCAAAAAGUUUCGGCUGAUCGCGCAGCUGGCUAUUCUCCAGGAUCUAGUCUCGACCACGCCGGAAUUCACGAACGCCGUGUUGCACGAGAUUUACCACUUGCUGGGAUUUCUGUCGAGCGAGGAACGGCAGCAGGCGAAUGUAGUGGACGCUGCGACCGCGUUCGACCCGCUACUGUCGCACUCCACUAGUUUCAGUAGUUCCGGCAGCAACAAUUCUCCAAACCGUCGGGGCUCGUCGGGAGAGGAGCUGCAAUCAAUUGCUGCUUACAGCUUUGACCAGCACCAAAGCUCUGGCUCGCACGGAAUGUUGACGAACCGAGCCCCCAGCACUUCCACACAGCAGGUUUCUAGUAGUUCCAUCACGCGCCCCAACAACAAGUGGUCGGUGGACAUUACUGAUUUUGUGAAACGCGGGUGCGAAUUGGCGAAGGUUCGAGACCUGCAGGAGGCUUUGGGACUGUCCAACGCGAUCCGAAAGUCGACGAAGGUCGUAGUGGAGAUCGACAAUUGUUCCAGCAGUGGGUUACUGAUACAACAGCAGGAUGUUGGUAAUGGUACUACUACUGCUACAACUGCCCCGGAACUGAUCUGCCGCGACGCACGAGGUUCUACUUCGAAUCGACCACAGGUUCGCGCCACCAUGAAAGAGGUCUCGCACAAGUUGGCCGUGUGCGGGCGCACCUGCAACCGGAAGUGCGUGGAGCAGGGGGCAAUUUUGCGGAACGAGCACAAAGCCGCUCUGUUCGCGACCACGAAGGAGAAGGUCUGUGCGGACCGCGCGCGCAUGAUGUUGCUGAUGUCGUUCGUGCAGCGGGCCUUGGAGGCGGACGGCAC